AGUCGGAUGUUGACAGGCCUGCUGCUGGGCUCGAGCUGAGGCACCUUGCGCUAUCACGUUUCCAGAAGUCUCCACGUUUUGCUAGAAUCUUCCUGACACUUCAGAAAGACUGUCCACAUCCGCAGCAAAUCCAUGGCAACCGAAAGCAGGUUCCCCGAUAUCUUCAUUGACGAAGAUCCACAGAAAGCUCUGGAGGCACUUGAUGAGGCCUUGCAAGGAGACUCCAACAACGCUGAGUGGUUUUGCCAGCGCGCCUACGCCCACAUACUUCUCCGAAACUACAACUGUGCUGUUGAUGAUGCCAAAAAAGCCCAGCAGCUAACACCGAGCCUUCCCCUUGCUUUCAUGCGAACAGGAAUAGCAGAAUACCACCUGAACCACUAUAAGUCAGCACAUGCAGCUUUCACUCAGGGACAACAACUGGAUGUUUCUGACACAUCUUUUGAGAUCUGGAUCAAGCGGUGUGAGGAGAUGAUGGGAGAGCAGACGCAGAUCGGCAGCGACAACAGGACACCAGCGGUUCCACCUGUGAAACAUGACUGGUACCAAACAGAGUCUCAAGUCAUCGUCACAGUCAUGGCAAAAAAUGUACCCAAGGAUGGUGUGUGUGUCAACUUCAUGGAAAAAGAGCUCUCUGCCACGAUACAGCUGGCGUCGGGGGAGAACUACAACCUGGACCUCCACCUGCUGUUCCCCAUCGUCCCUCAACAGAGCAACUUCAAGAUCCUCACCACCAAGGUGGAGUUCAAGUUGAAGAAGACAGAUGCCAUGAGAUGGGAGAAGCUGGAGGGAGAGGGACAGGAGUCCAACAUCAAACACUUCGAUCCAAAUCAGUACCCUUCGUCCCACUCUGCCUGCAACUGGGACAAGGUGAUGGUGGACCUCGGCGAGGAGGAGAAAACCGAGAAGCUGGAGGGAGACGCGGCGCUCAACAAGCUCUUCCAGCAGAUCUACUGCGACGGCACGGACGAGGUCAAGCGAGCCAUGAACAAGUCCUUUAUGGAGUCCGGCGGCACAGUCCUGAGCACCAACUGGGUGGAUGUGGGCAAGAGAAAAGUGGAGAUGAACCCACCGGAGGACGUGGAGUUCAAGAAGUACUGAGCGCUUAGCCCCCCCCUCCCCCUCUUUCUUCUCAUUUAUCCGUCUGAACUCCAGCAGGAGUGCUCGUUGCCCUGCAGACUCCGUGACCGUGCUCUUCUUCCUCCUCUUCCCGACCCCUCAGUUGUGCUGUUGCUCGCCAAGUGCAGGGAGACUCGGUGUUCCCACUUUCACUCGAUAUCCCCCCAUGGCCCACGCUAUGCAAUAACUUGCUACCCGAUGCUGUCGGUUCAUUUGACCCAUCUGUUGAACAGAUUGAUUUACAUAUCUGAUUUUAAAGGCCAACGGACUAUAAAGGGAAGUCUGGAUUAAAGUUGUGACUGACGGAGCUUUCAGAUAAUUUCCUCUCCUCUGCCUCCUUUGCUUUUCUCAAUAAACGCCCACAAGCCUUUCUAUUUCAGGGGCCUUUCAUGACUUCCUAUUAUCAGCACUUGUAUAAAAAUGUAAAGUUGUUAAACAUCUCAACCAGUUUUUAUUUUUUAACUGGUAGCUAUGAUUGCUUUUCUCGGCUCAUGCAGCUUUUUUUUUUUUUUUUUUCCUGUACGCUCGGUAAAAAAAAAAGUCAACAGCAGUCCUUUUCAGACUGGCUUCUCUGGAAUGUGUGUGGCGUGUCAGCCAGCGGCUUAGCACCGGUCGUUCCCUCAGUGUGAUUCAAGCUUCGUUGUAAAUAAAAGAUUUGUUGUUUGGCUCACAAA